AUCGCGUGAAAAGCGCAUGUUUACUUUUCGCCAGCAAGUAUCGCUUUAAAGCAGCGAGAAACCAGCAAAAAGUGUUAAAAAUCUAGUUUUCUACAUAGUUUAGAGGAUAUUUCCGAGUGUCCGAGCAAGCACCAGCCCCAGUCAGUUGGAUAUGUCUGCUGCAAAGGACUCCCAGAAGCAAAAGCCUCAGAUGGACGUCACACCCGACACGGCCGAGUUGGCUGCUACCUCGAAAGUGAUUCUGUCGGCGAAGGAGAAGGAAAUUUUCGAUCGGAUCUCCAAGAACGAAAUCAGCGAACUGAAGAUGGUGCUGGCCCAGUUCAAACAAUCUGUAGAUUUUGUGGACGAGAAUGGCAUGACCCCGCUGCAGCAUGCCGCCUACAAGGGCAACAAGGAUGCAGUUCAGAUGCUGCUGGAUCAGGGCGCCGAUGUCAAUUCUGGCAAACAUGAGUACAACUACACUGCCUUGCAUUUCGGAGCUCUCUCGGGAAAUGUGGAUGUGUGUCUGAAGCUGCUUCAAUCAGGGGCCAAGGCCGAUGCCACGAAUUCAGUGGGCCGGACCGCGGCUCAGAUGGCAGCCUUCGUGGCGAACCAUCAGGUCGUGGCCACCAUCAAUAAUUACGUUCCCAUCACCGAAAUCGAAGCUUUCACCAAGGUACAAGGUUCACAGAAGGAACCACUUCUUCCGGUGGUACAUUUGGACGGGUUCCACAAGUUCGUCAUGCAAAUCAACAUCCAUCCGGUGCGGAUCGCGCUGAAUAUGCAAAAGUAUGGUCUCUUCAUCGAUGAUCUGAAGCGCAUAAAGAAGGUGCUAGAUGAGAUGAUGGAGCGGGAAAUGAAACGUCGCAACGAGAUCAACGAGGUGAUGGCAUUUAAGUAUCACUACCUGGGCUACAUGGUCAAUGAGGUUGCCAAGUGUCGGGAUUACUUCCUGGCUCGCAAGGACAAAGCCGAUGGGACCAAGGAUCAGAAGAGUGAUUUUGUCGAACUGUUUGCCAAAAAAGCUCUGAAACUGGGUAAAGACGGUUCCCUGGAGUACAUCGAGGGCACCAUCCGGGAGUGUGUGCGUGAGUUCCCGUUCCGGGAGUGUACCAUUUUUCGGCAGGUGGUGGGUCAGUUGGCCAACAAAGAAAAUGCUGCCAGUGCCCUGGAAAUUCUCAAAUCGGCCAUCAACGGGCAACGGGGCUUCCAGGACACAUUUUCCUACUGCAGUUCCUGUGGGGAGGAAAAACCGGACAAGAAGUGUUCCAAGUGCAAAGAGGUGCAGUAUUGCGAUCGCGAAUGCCAACGAUUGCACUGGUUCAUGCACAAAAAGGUGUGCGCCCGGCCUUCGUCGGCUGCGGUUGGUGGGACGGCUAAGGACGGCCCCAAAAAGGACAUUGACUCGGCGGAAAUAAGCGAACAGCUGCAGAAGCUGGUUAGCAGCUAAGAACAUCAUAGGAGAGAAACACGUCAGACCCUUGGGCAAGGGGAUUGCUUCCCGGACAAAUUGAACCACAACCUAACAACCAUUGGAAACCGAAAUAAAUAACUCUAGAAUCCCUAUGUAGUUCUAAACGUAAAGUGUAAUAAUGGAGAUAAAAAAACGACAGUCAAUCCUUCUAUAAGACGUAGAAUUUAUAUGUGUCAUUUGGUAUAAUUUUGAUGUCAAUAAACCUUACCAAUAUAAGUCGGGU